UCGAAUCUUAUUCAGCAGCAGCAGCAGGCUUGAUGGUGCGGCAGAACCGCCUUUGUGUUCCCCGCUGCAGUGGGGGAGCGCAUUUAUCGUCUCGCCUGAGGGAAGGAGCCAAGAGUAUCCUCCAAUCAGCCGUCAGUGAUUUCUAUCAUCUUGUAGAGUCCGCUGAUGGUGAUUUAUGUUGAACCUGAGAGAGGCACUUCACACUCUGACUCUACUCACCACCUGGAUGGAAUCCUCUCAACGCUUUUGUUUCUAAUUGUGGGUUUUUAAAAGAAUGACCAACAGACAAAAGGUGGAUUACUACAGAGCUGCUGCCUCACAUUCUUGAAUUUAUGCUCUUUCCUCCUUGCAGCACAAGAUGGAUGAACUUUCUUUUUCUGCGACUCUAGUUUGAGCUUUGUUUUGGUCUGUGAGGACAUAGAUGGACAGAAGUGAUUAUUGCAGUAAUCUGGAAGAGGGAAUACUCUCAUAUCCUUCCUCAUCCUUACAAUUUGCGUAUCCUCUCUUUCUAUCCUCCCUGAGUCUGUUGCAUCCUGUGUGAGUCCAUACCUGUUGACUCAGAUCAUUCACAUGGCAGGCUCUGGGUUUCAAACUGGAGCUUUUACAGUAGUAGCCAGGUAAGAUUAGAAUUCACAUACAUCCUCAUGCGAUGGUAGGCUCUAUGUGGAGCUGGAGAUGGAGAGAGCGUAGGAACCGUCGGGACAUUUGACACGCCUGUUUGGCUUUCAGCACCUGCUGUGACUGUCUGCCACAGUUCUACAACUAGACUGGCUAAUGGCAUCUCUCUAGUGCUUACUGCCUAGCCUAGCAGACUGGGAGGGGUUUUUCAAGCGUGUGUGCAUGUCUCUCUCUGUGUGUGUGGGUCUUUUAUAUUGGAGUUGGUUAUAUAUUGUCAGUGUUAAGGAUUACACUGAGUGUCUGGAGAGAUUACAGGUGCAGUCAGCGAGGCUUUGAGGAAGGAUUACAGAAGCUAACACCUUGUUGCUGCCAGGAGGGUGGCUGGACAGAGGUUUACUUUUCAAAGCGUAUAAUGUUGAAUGGUGUUCAGACUGCAGGGUCUCCUGGAGGAGGUACUGAUAAGACUUAAAGGUUUAACCCAGGUGAUGAGACAGACAGAGAGGGGAGAGGACGGGAGAGAUACACACUCAUGGAGAAAUGGUUACAAGGGUACAGUAUAAUGUGGUACCUUUCUACUUGAGCAUGGAUUAUGUUAGAGAUGGAGAGAGAAAGACAGAGGGUAAUUAAAGAAUGAGUUCAGGGAUUGAAGUCAAUACACUGAUUUAUCCCACUUUAACAGUGGAAGCACAGGUUGAAUGAGAGAUACAAAUGAGAGGAGAAGAGACAAAGUGAAAGACUAUCAAUUAAUACAUUUCAAUAAGGAAAAGAAAGAUCACUAAACCUCAAUCUUUCAAAUAAAAAGCACAGUAUUUUACACAUGGCUUAUCAUUGGUGGUCUUGAUGGUAACGAGUCCUGAAUCUCCCAAUAAUAGUCCAGCAAACACAACAUCCAAUUGAAUCCCUUAGUGCAUGUGAUAUUGAUUUUAAAACAUGACCAAAUAGGAUGGUUCCUGUUCUCUGCCUAACAGGCCUGUAAUUGAAUUCUAAUCUUCUCUUCAGUGACACCCUGGAGCAGUAGCCUCCAGUAUUCCAGUGGAUUGGAAACACUUUCGAUUAGUUAAUAAAUGAACCAUAACGUCAAAAGUGCUGGCUGGAAACCUGACAAAACACCUAGCUGAACCAACCAGUCUGUCUCAAACACCCUUCAGCUGACAACUGUAACCUAUUUUCCUCCAAUACUCCACAUUUAAAUGACAUACAUUUUGUAUGUAGACGUGUUCACUGAAACAGCUUCCUCCUGAAAAUGGUCCUUAGCGGUUGUUAUUCUGACAGAUACAGACCAUCAGGCAAAGAGGUGUAGUUGGGACAACAGCGACUUCCUGGUGUGUUGUUACCUCACUGUGAUGCUUGUGCAAGUGUGUGUGUUAUUGGGUUUCGUGUACCCAAUACACACCGCUUAUCUUAGCUCGACGACCAGGGCUUGAGUUUCAGGCCGUUGGCUAGAUGGUUCAGUGGGUAGAUUCUUUCUCUCUCCUCUUCAUCAGUUUCAAUGGAGGUAAACCAGGAAAUGUCAAUGAUCAUAAGCACCAAUGAAAAGGUUCUGACGAGUCCAUUUAUCCCGAAGAGGUGAAAGUACCAGAGCAAAAGAGGAGCGGAACCUGGGAAAAGACUGAAGCAGUCCUUCUAAACCUGGAAAGCGAAGAAGGUGGGAAGGGAAAAGGAAGGUGAAAAGUUAUUUGAUAUCGGUGCCUGUUUGCAUCUGAAACUUUGAAAGUGUUUCUUUGAUAGAGUGCUGGGACCAGGGGAAAAACAUGGGUGAGUUAACUUGGAGUUCCAUUGGGAAAAACCUCAGCUAGUUCAGAGAGACAGCUCACAUGGUGAGACUGUUCCACAGAAGUGAGAAGUGGUUAUUAGGUUAUUGAAUCAUCAUUAUAUAGUUAUGAUAGACUGUCUUAGAUACAUUACAACACAAUAGAUCAUCAACACAUCUGAGAUCAUCUGUCAGUCUUUCUUUCCAACCCAUCAGCAGCUCCCUUGUCACCUUAGUCAUUCCUCACUCCCCUUUCUACUCCUUCUGACCAAUCCAAAGACCACGAUGGAGUCAUGCAAAACCUAACCUGAACCGAACCACUCCAUGCUUAUGAAGACAAACGAAGAUUGUUGUACUCUGUGAUGGGGACAGAAACAGACGGGAAGACAUUCAAAACCUUUUUGUAAAUGUAUGGAUCACUACAGGAUGGUAAAACUUGAAAUCUGACUAAAAAGAAGAGAGGAACAGGACACAGGGACACAGACUGUUUUUGGGGACAGAGAACCUCUGGGAUUCAUAAUCCAUAGUGCCCUAACAUAAGAGGGGUCGACACUCAGGCCCUGUAGGUCGGUGGGAAGCUCUCUCUGACUGCCACACCCAAAGGGAAAGAGGGGUAUUUUUAGGUACUGACCUCCUGGACUGGUUUGGCCCCACCCGGCCUGAGUCCAGGUCACCAUGGGGUGCAACAUGUGUGUGGUUCAGAAGCCUGAGGAACAGUACAGGGUCAUGUUCCAGAAGGGUCAAAUAAGUAACACGUUGUGUCCUUUUGAUGGAGAAGGUCGAUUGAAGGUGAAUGGUAAGGAGCUGUCCUGUCUCUCACGGGACCCCACCCUGGAUGUGCGAGACCCUCUGCUGUCUCACGUGUUGAAGAGGGGGGCCCGGCGGCGGGCGGGACUGGCAGGGACAGCAGCAGUUCCAGGGGGGCUGACUGACUGUGUGGACAGCGGCACUCAGACUGACAUCAGCUUCCAACACAUGUUGACUCUGGGAAGGACCGCCCACCACCCAGGUGGAGCCCCGCCCCCUCACCCGCCCCCCUCCCCUCCACUGCCACCCAUCCUGGAACCCAACCUGCUCAACGAGCUCCUUUUAGAGCCUGAAUAUUAUGACCCCAAUGACUACUUUGACAUCACUCAGCAUGAGGCGGAUCUCAGGCAGGAUGAGUUGGAGUAUGAGGAGGUGGAGCUGUAUAAGUCUCGUCAACAGGACAAGCUGGGGUUAACGGUGUGCUACCGGACAGACGAUGAGGAGGACCUGGGGAUCUAUGUGGGCGAGGUCAACCCCAAUAGUAUAGCUGCUAUGGAUGGCCGCAUCCGGGAGGGGGAUAGAAUAUUACAGAUAAACGGGGUGGACAUCCAGAACAGAGAGGAGGCGGUGGCCAUUCUGACCCAGGAGGACAGCACCAACAUCUCCCUGCUCCUGGCCCGGCCUGAAAUAGAGAAUGACAACCAGCUGGACCCAGAUGAACUGGAACUGGAGGUUCUGGAUAACGCUGUCCACCUGCCCAGCCCCCAUCAGCUGAGGAACAGGGCCUCCAUGCUGGGUGAAGGACCAGGGGUCGUGGGUGGGGGUGGUGUGGUGGUGAUCCGCGGGCGAGGUCACCGUGACUCUCCAGGCCUGCUCCACACGUUGCUGAGUAACAGCCAGGAGUUGGACAGCGGGGUGGGCCGUACAGACGAGAGUACCCGCAAUGAGGAGUCCUCAGAACACGACCUACUAGGAGACGACCAGACCAGCGCCCCCACCACCAACGCCACCAACACCCCCGGCAGCAUGCGCAGGUUCCACUCUGGCCAGGGGGACAGGGACACCCCACCCCUUCUACAUGGCCACUCCACAGAGUUCCACUUCAGCACUGACUCUCUACUGGGUCUGGACUGUCUGAGUGGGGGAGGAGGUGGUGACCUGGCAGGGGAGAGGGUCUACGCAGCUGACCCAGUGAUGAUGAUGAUGCCGGGUCUGACAGAAGAAGAGUGUGAGAGGUACAGGGAGCUCCUGGAGAUCAAGUGUUAUUAUGAGAAGAACAGCAAUGCUCUUCUGCUGCUGGGGGAGCAUGAGGGUCAUGGGGAACAGGGGGGCGAUGGGGGGGUUCCUCUGGAUGUGAAUAGGAAUGAGAGCCUGAUGCAGCAUGAGAUGGCCCUCGUGGAAGAAGAGCUACGCCACCUGGAGUUUAAGUGUCGUAACAUCCUGAGGGCCCAGAAGAUGCAGCAGCUCCGGGAGCGCUGUCUCAAGGCAUGGCCCCUGGAGGAGGAAAGUGGGGCUGGAGGUGGGGCCGGGGCUGGGCGGGUGGCUCCUUUGGUUAGCGAGGAGUCCUGUCACCAUGAGCUGUCAGACAUUAAUGAGUUGCCUGAGAGGGAGCGCUCCGACAAGGACAGCACCAGCGCCUACAACACAGGAGGGGAGAGCUGCAGGAGCACCCCUCUGGUCAGCGAACAGUAUCCCUCCCCCUCUGCACAUGGCCACAGCAGCUUGGAGGGGGGAGACUCUGCCUCUUUGCCGUCUCGAACCCCCAGCCGGCACAGGGAGAGGGGAGGCAGGAGUGAGAGGGGGCAGGCUAACCUGAACCAGCCCUACUCCCCUAGCUCACACAGGAGGGGAUCGGAAGUCAAGACCUCUAGCCCGAGAGGGGCCAAGUUCAGAUCCCUGUCCCGUGACGGGGGGGCAAGGAGGGGGUCAGACGGAGGGGUGAGAUGCCCCAAAACCAAUGGAACAGUGGAGGGGAGGGAAGGGCGUAGCGCUGAGAACAGCCCUUAUCUGUCCCGCCGCCACUCUGGCUCCAGAAUCCCCCAGCGCUACCAGAGCUGCAUGCAGCUGAGGUCCCCCUCCACAUCCGAGGGCCUGGAGAGACCCAGGGAUGGAAGCGAGAGUCCCAUGAGCCUGGGGAGCACAUGCAAGGACAUCCCCCAGGGCCCUGUGUCCAUGCCAUCCUUACCCAUCCCCCCUCCUCUGCCUCCGCCGGCCUCACCGCGUAUGGAGUGGAAGGUCAAAGUACGCAGCGACGGAUCCCGCUAUGUUGCCAAGCGGCCCGUUAGGGACCGCCUCCUGAAGGCCCGGGCCAUUAAGAUCCGGGAGGAGCGCAGCGGCAUGACCACGGACGACGAUGCCGUCAGCGAGAUGAAGAUGGGCCGCUAUUGGUCCAAGGAGGAAAGGAAGCAGCAGCUUCUCAGGGCCAGGGAACAGCGCAGACGCAGGGAGUUUAUGAUGCAGAGCAGGCUGGACUGCCUGAGGGAGAGGGAUAGGGAGUACAGUGGCGGUGGACAACAGGGGGCUCCGCAGGGACAGGAGCCCACUACCAUCUUGGAGCUGAGCCACAGGAGGAGCCAGAAGAAACGGAGCCGUAGGAUCCUGGACAACUGGAUCACCAUCCAGGAACUACUGGCCCACGGAACCAGGUCACCUGACGGCAAGAAGGUCUACAACCCUCUGCUGUCAGUCACCACUGUCUAAUGGAGAGGGUGGAAGACCGAGAAAGAGAGGAGAGGGUGGAAGACCGAGAAAGAAGAGAGGAGAGGGUGGAAGACCGAGA